AUGGCCAACUACCAAGGAAACCCAAUGGCGGGCAACAAUAUGGCUGGCCCAGCACUCCAAGCCCCAGCACCGAAUCCGAAAGAGAUGAAUAGGCAGAUGAUAAUGCGAAGAACCCGGCUGGAAGCUGCGCGAAUCAGGGGAGACCUCAUUGUAAAGGCGCAAGAUGGCAGCACCAUCGUAGCGCAGCCUUUGGGUCAGUUUAAUCCAAUGCACACAGUCAGGAGCCCGUACGCUGGAAGACAAUACAUGGACGACAUCCACCAGGAGAUAGCGCAACAACAGUACGGUCCCGACGGAAACCGAAUGGCCAAGGGCUACGGCAUCACCCUCAAGAGGAUCUUGGCCGCUGGCGGCUUUGGCAUCGCUGCUCUUGUCGAACACAGGGGCAACCGCAACGUGAGGACGGAUUGUGUGAUGAAGAUUGAAAAGACCCGCCCUGCCGCCUCGUAUGACUCGAUCAAGCUGGAGCAGAAGGCUCUCAACAAAUUCAAGGGGGCCAAGCACAUUGUCCAAAUCCUUGACUUUACGAAGGAAAUCAACGACAAGAGAGACGCCGAAAACGAGGGUAAGAGACCAUACGUGCCCAGAUCGAGUACAGAGGCUCGGGACAAAAAUUGGGACAUCAAAGUCCAGCGGGAACGCAGCUUCAUCUUGAUGGAGUAUGCCAACGGAAAGAGUCUUCACACAUGGCUGAACAAGUCUAGUCGAUCUGGCAGACCUUGGCCUAAUAAGGCUCUCUGGCUUUUGUUCAAGUGCCUCAUCAAAGGGCUUAUUGGAAUUGGAUAUCCCCCAAAGGAGAACUAUGGACGGGAUCACCCUGACUGGGAUCCCAACAAUCCCGCUGAAGAGUCCAUCCCCGACACCAAGAAGCCCCAGCAAACUGUUCAUUUUGAUCUGGACCCCAAGAACAUCCUAGUGAGCUUAGAGCCACACGGCCCUAUGCCGCUCUUCAAGAUCUCGGACUUUGGCUGUGCCAAGUUCUUUGACGAAGCUAAUCAAAAGCCGAAUGAAUUCACGGAGGAAAUAUUCUGGAGAGCUCGCUCGCUAGGAAAGCCGGGCUACCACACACCAGAACAAUUUCAUAGGUCUUGGGACUCACUCCGGCCCUUCAACGACGGCGGAUCCAACAUGUUCCUCGAAGCCAAUAAGCCAUCAAUUGCCGGCAACUACGGUAUGCCCUCCAACAUCUACCAGGUUGGAGUCAUCAUGUGGUGUGCCAUUACAGGGGCAAAAUUCCAAGAUCCCGUCGUCGGGUGGAAAGUCGGCGGAGAAGUGACGUACGGAAGGGCUAUCGGAGAUCCAAGAUUCAGUCACAUCGACGGCAACCUUAGAAAGACCGUCUCGAUGUGUCUGGUGGAAGACCCCGCGGCCCGGCCGACUCUGAUCCACCUCGAUGGCAUUAUUGAUUUUCGACUCCAAAGUCAGAAUGGCCUGGAGUCGGACGACCACGUCGCGAGAUGGGCCAACCAGUUCUUCAGCAGCCCACGCGUCCCCGGUGACGGCCCACCGCCGCAACCGCAGCCGCCCCAGACGAAGAACGGGGAAGAGUAUGACACCGACGACGACGACGAGGAGCCCGUUCGCACUGGCGACAAGAGAAAGCGGACGGGCAAGGAUGGCAACCCCCAGCAGCGGGGUACCGUCUUGCGCCUGAAGACCGUCCACAACCCGGCCCCGGGAACGACCCAGCAAGGCGGUCAGCAGCAGCAGCAACCGCAACAACAGCAGAUGACUAUGAACCAGAUUCAUCCAGGCACGAUGUAUCCCAUGCCUCAGAGACAAGAAGGGUUCGACUUCAUCCGCGAUAGACAGCGGCCGCCGCCCCAGCAGAUGAUCAUCGACGCCUUCCGCGACGUCGAGCUGUAUGACGCGACACCCAUCGAGAAGAAGGAUCCUCCCCAGACCUUCAGCCGCAUGCGCUAUCCUCGGACUCGUGGGCUGGAGCCAGCACUACUGCUGCCAGUACUACAGCAAGAAGUGCCACUGCAGCAGCCGGAAGGUCAACAGCAGCCGGCAGGUCAACAACCAGGAGGACAAGGACAUCAGCGGGGCCUGAGUCUCAACCCGGCCGCAGCAACUUUCCAGCCAAACGGGCAAUUCGCGAACCCUCGCAACGGUUUGCCUGUUCAGGGCCAGCCACAGCAGCAAUGGCAACCUCCCAACUCGAACCCUCCCCCGGUUUUCAUUCCCCCUCCCGGACUGCCUCUUCCCAUUCCUGGGCUUCCUGUCCCCCCUCCAGGGCUACCUCUUCCUCCACAGUGGCAGCCCUACGUGAACCCAUUCCCGGCUCCAAUGCCGCAGCAGCAGCAGCAGCCACAACGACCAUGGCAGCCCAUGAACCCGAACCAGAACUACAAUCAGAAUCCGAACCAGUUCCAGCCCCAACAACCUCAGCAACCUCAGCAACCUCAGCAACACCAGCAACCCCAGCAACCGCAUUGGAGACCCAACAACAGCAACACAGACGCCUUUGCUCCUCUGCCUUACCACCAGCAGCAGCCCGGCCGAUACCUAUCUCCCUUCCCUCCCGUACAAGCACCGCCGCAGCACUGGAUGCCCGGCCAGAGAAAAGGGUUAGUACCGCCGACCCCCAAAACUGACAAUGAACCAGGGCAGCAACAGCAGCCUCCCCAGGACGAGAAGAGCUAUCGUCAGAAAUUGAUUGAGAAGUACAACUACGACCCGUACCCCGAUGUUGCAUCUGAUGAUUUGGAGAUGCAUCUUGGUCCGUUUGAAGACUUGGUAGUACCCUCCUCUGGUGCAGGGCGAUAG